UCAGAGAAGAACGUUUCUUCUGCCUCUUCCUCCUCUGGUGGCUUUUGUCUCUCUGUGAGUGGCCCUGUGGCAGUAAGACCGACAGUUAAUUUAGCACAGCCAAGAGUCAUACUGCCACAGCUAUAGUCGUGGUCCUCAGGAGAAUAUUGCCCACCCACUACUGGAUCAAGAUGCUACGACGGAAACCAUCCAACGCAUCUGAAAAGGAGCAGCCCCAGGUGCAAAAGAAGAAGCUGACUCUGCAAAGGUCCAGCAGCUUCAAAGACUUCAUGAAGCCAAAGCCGUCGGCACCCAUAGUGAGCUCUGAGGCUACACUGGAUGAAACGCAGCUGGAGGAUGCACCACCGGAGGAUUCAGGGAAAAGUAACGGGAAACUGGGAAAGAAAUGGAGAAAUGUCAUAACUCGCACAAUGACCCGUAAAACCUCCAAGAUGGUACAGAAAGCCCUUGCAGAGGGGUGCACUGACAUUUUACAAAACACACAGAAAGGAGACAUCAUCCAGAUCAUUGAGAAACCACCAGUAGGCACCUGGACUGGUAAACUCAACAACAAAGUGGGCUCCUUUAAAUUCAUCUACGUCACAAUACUACCAGAGGAGGACACACCACCAAAGAGGAAGCGAUGCCGGAGUCAAGGACGCAAGAACAAGUCCAAACCACAAACCUUGGAGGAAGUUCUGGAGAGAAUAGGCCUAACUGAGCUGGGAUCUCUCCUGUCCAUGCACGGCUUCCAGAGUUUGGAGGAUUUCAGAGGUCUGAAGGAGUCCCAUAUGAACGAACUAAACAUUACUGACCCCGAGCAACGUGUGAAGAUACUGAAAGCAACAGAAUUGUUUCACGACUCGGAGGACGAAUCCGAUGCAGAGGAGCAAAAGACUGAAAUGCCACGGGACUCGGGUUGUUACGAAAGCACAGAGAACCUGGCAAACGGACGUGAGGAGCCCCAGGUGGAAUCCCAACCGGAGCCGGAGACUGAUCCGGACACAGAAACAAAGCUCAAUGCGAUUCAGGAACAACUGGAGGAGAUGAAGGUGGAGGAGAGUCCUGAGAGCCCAACAGAGUGAAGCCACCAGAAUGUUCUUUUGAUCUCUCUGAUGGAGAGUGUCAUAUCCACGUGCUGGAUUAAAUUCAUGAAAAAAAACUUUGAUAUGCACAGCCCAUACUACAGAAGCCAAUAGGUCUUCUUAGAAGAUGGUAUAGAGAUCUUGAAGGUACCAUCAUUUAUUCUCGCUGAGAUUAUUGUUCAGGAAGACCCAAAAAAUCUGGAAACUGAAACAAAGUUGUAGGAUUUUGAAAAACAGACUGCAUGAAGUCAUAUUCCAUGGAUUAAACCUACGGCUAUGUUAUUACAUCUUAAAAUAAGAAGAAUGCUGGUACCCCAAAUAUUGAUUUUACUCCACUUAGGUUAAAUAUUUAAGCCAUUUUUUCUGGUAAAGCGUUGAUGUGCAUGACCGAACUGUGAUUCUCUAAUAUCUGAGAAGUUUCAUCAUCAUACCUUUAGCUAUGAAGUAGCAUUUUAUUUACUACUGUUCUAUGGUUUCUGCUGGAAUGAAUGUAUAGAGUAACACAAUUGGUGCGCUCAAAAAUUUUUUUUUUUUUUUUGUCAGGCAUGAAAGAGGAAAAGCACAUUGUUCAGUUUUAUUUUGCUUCUGUUUUGGUUCCUGUUUAUGGUAAUAGUUGUUAUAAUAUGUUUUCAAAGCCAUUGUUGUUUUGAUUGUAUUCCGUUUUAGCCUUCCGUUUGUCAUUUAUAUUAAUGUCUAUACUUUCACAGUUUUUUUUUCUGCUAGUUUUGUCUGUGUUCUCGAAGAAAAAGAAACUACGCCACAAAGAGAUUGUAAUAAUACCAUAUAAUUUAAUGAACAUACAUAUACACACAAAUUCAUAAGUAGAAAGUGAAGAAUACGAGGAUAUACAUGAUCACAGUGUUAUUACCAAGCAAAGUGAACAUAACUCAAUUCGUGAUGAUGUAUAAUGUGUACGUUAUGCAUCGCAUCCAAAUAUCUAGAGCAGACCAUCUUUUGCUAAUAUUCCAAACUUAUACAUUACACCGACUUGGCAUUAAAGUUUCUGAUUUUGUUGCACCUCAUUUAGUAAAUUAGUAUAUUAUGACAUGUUUCAUGAUUGUAAAAAAAGUGGGAUUCAUUCAGUGCAGUUUUAAGCACAUUCCCAUUUACCUUCGGCCUAGCAAAUUAAUAUUCACAUCUUCCAUACACACACAAUCAAUCAUCACAAUUGUUCACACCACAGUACUCACAAAAAUCCCAUCUGCUGUAACUUAAACAUGAUCUGAUAGAAGCACAGUCUGUUGGUUUCUGAAGAACUACAUUUCCUGCAAUAAAGGACUUUUACCCUC